GUGCAAAGGCUAUGGUUAUGGUGGAUCAGAACCACGAACUCCGAAACAGAGUUCUGGCAUCAAGGGAGUCUGCCCUUUUCCAAAAGGGGUAUCUUGAGGAGGAGAAUAUGGCUGCUCUUCCCCACUCAGCAAAGUCCCAGGUGCUUCAGGGCUUGUCUUUCAAGGACGUGGCUGUGAACUUCACCGAGGAAGAAUGGAGAGAACUGGAUCCCGCUCAGAGAGACUUGUACAGGGAUGUAAUGCUUGAGAACUACAGGAACCUGGUCUCCUUGGGAUUUCCAUUUUCUAAGCCUGAUAUCAUCUCCCAAUUGGAAAAAGCAGAAAACCGAUGGAUGCAGGAGAGAGAAGUACCCAGAAGCAGCUGCAUAUAUUUGGAGACCAGAAGGUCAAACCCAAAGGAGGUAUUUUCUGGAAAAGAAUCAUACCAGGGGAUAAAUAUGGAGAAAAGCACAGGGGCUGAUGUUCCUUCCAGUUUGAAGGAAGCCUGGGGAUAUGCAGAGACCAAAGAGGAUGCUCAAGAUAGACUCGGGAAAGAAGCAACAGUUCUCUUCACGAAAAGAACUUCUAUGGCCAAUAGUAACCCCAAAUGUAUUGAAUCUGGCAGACAUGUUAGUCUGAAGUCAGACUUUGUUAUACAAUCAAGACACCCCGAAGAAGAGAGACCUUAUACAUCUGAUGCUCAGGGAAAGAGCUUUAAACAGAAUUCAAAAUUAAUAAGACAUCAGAAAAAGAGCAUAAAUGAGAAAGCUCUUCAGGGUAAUGUAUGUAGUAAAAUACUCAGUGAUCAUUCAGUUUAUGUUCAACAUUGUACAGUUCAUAAAGGAGAAAAAAAUAUGGAACAUAAUCAGAAUGGGAAGACCUUUGGUCAUGGUAUACACCGCACGGAACAUCAGAAAAAUAAUACUGCAGAGAAGACUUAUGAAGAUAGGAAAGUCUACACCUGGAACUCACACCUUGCCAAACAUCAUCAGAACGUUCAUGGUGGGCAGGUACAUGAAAGAGCCUUAAUUCAGAAUGCACCAUUUAUUCCGCAUCAGAGAUCUGAACAUGGAGAGAAACCUUAUGAAUGUAGUGAAUGUGGAAAAACUUUUGGGAAUUACUCAGCCCUUACAGUACAUCAGAGAAUUCACACUGGAGAGAAACCCUAUGCAUGCAAGGAAUGUGGGAAAGCCUUUAAUCAUAACGUCUCUCUUAUUCAACACCAGAGAAUCCAUACUGGAGAGAAACCCCAUGAAUGUAGUGAAUGCGGGAAGGCUUUUAGUCAAAUAACGCACUUUAUUCAACAUCAGCGAAUUCACACCGGUGAGAAACCUUAUGAAUGUAACGAAUGCGGUAAAGCCUUUAGUCACAACUCAUCCCGUGUUGAACAUCAGUUUAUUCAUACUGGAGAGAAGCCCUACGAAUGCAGCGAAUGUGGGAAAGCCUUUAGUCACAACUCUUCCCUAAUUGUCCAUCAGUUUAUUCACACUGGAGAGAAACCCUAUGAAUGUAGCGAGUGUGGCAAGGUCUUUAGUCAGAGCUCACACCUCUAUCAACAUCAGAGAACUCACACUGGAGAGAAACCAUACACCUGUAAGGACUGCGGGAAAGCCUUCAGUGAUCGAUCAGCCCUUAUUCGACACCAGAGAACUCAUACUGGAGAAAAACCCUACAAGUGCAGAGAAUGCGGUAAAGCUUUCAGCCAGAGCUCGACGCUCAUAAAACACACAAAAACCCACACUGGAGAGAAACCGUAUGCCUGUAAAGACUGUGGGAAAGCCUUCAGCCAGAGUUCAUCCCUAACGCAACAUCAGAAGAUUCACACUGGAGAAAAACCGUUUGAUUGUCACGAGUGUGGGAAAGCCUUCAGCAGGAGUGCCCAUCUUACUCAGCACCAGAGGAUUCACACCGGAGAGAAACCCUGUGGGUGUAAUGAAUGUGGCAGAGCUUUCAGGUGUAGUUCAGCCCUCAUUAGGCAUCAGAAACUUCACAGUGGAGAAUCACUCUUAAUGUCUGGUCAUUCAGACCCAUCACUUUGUUAAAUACCAAAGAAUCCUACCUUCAUGAGUUACUAUAAUUGUGAUCCCCCCCUUUUUUUCUGAGGCCUAAGAAUCCUUGCCUCCCAUUUUCUCCUGCAAAGAAUUAGCUUCCAGCAUACCACAAAUCCAUGUGAAAAAGUACUGAUCUGGAAGCUGGAAUAUCCCGAGAGCAACCAUCAGUCUUUCUGCAUGUGUAUUUUCAUCAUGCCUGAAGAUGACUGAUGUCACCAUGAAGUGAUUUUUUUUCCUAACCCCAGGAUUGGGCUAUUCCAACGUGCAAAGGAAUUCCAGUUCUUUAAACUUGAGCUCAUUGCCCCUCUUUGUACUGCUUGGAAUACCGCCCAUGUCCAAGUUAAAUAGACUCAUGGUCGAUCGUAUAUUUGAAAACCGCCUUUCUAGUAAUCUUUGCCUUAAUGUAAAUCAUUCCUCCUCCUAGCAGUACUGUCCUCACUAAAAGGGCUACUUUGAACUCUCCCUUCUCACUGACUUCCCUGUCCUUCUCUUCUGUUUAAAGUGUUAGCUGCAGCUGGAAGUUCAACAGGGCUUGAGUUUCAGAGCUGAAAAGCACAACUGAAGAUAGAGGGGAAAAGGGAUUUUUGUUCUGAAAAC